AUGCCACCCAAACGCCCUCUCGAAAACAAGCCCUCUAGCAAAAAAUCCCAAACCGACGCCACGGCCAACAAGAAGCGCAAGGGCUUCUCCGUCGGUCCUGCAAACCUACCCGACGGCACCUAUCGUCGCAAAGCCGAAAAAAUCAAAGCCGACCUGAUCCAAAAAGCCAAGGUCAAGAAGGAGUAUGCCAAAGUAAAAGCCGCUGAACUCGCCGCGCCCCAGCCGAAGCAAUUCUAUCUCCAUCGAGAAGAGGAAGGAAAUAAGGAUCAGGAUGGCAAAGAGCAGGUUCCAGAGGCUGCAAGCUUGGAACUUCACCCGGAUCGACAGGCGAUGGUGGAUUCCGGCGAACCGGCGCCUGAGCAUGUAGAAGGGAGAGGAGGACCAGGAGGACGGAAAAAUCGAAAACCGAAGCCAUCGGCUUUUGCGAAGGAGAUGGAGAUUGCGGAAAAGAGGAGGCAGGCGGCCGAGAAGAGGAGAGAGCAACGCGAGUUUAGGGCGAAGGAUAGAGAGGCUAUGGUGCGGGCGAAGCGGCCGGAUCAGCAUGGGAAGAGGAGAUUAGGGAGAGAGAGCCAUGUUUUGCUCAGUCGGGUUCAGAGGAUGGUUGGCGAGUCUGCGUAG